AAAAAAUUAUUUUUCACUUUAUGUGGAGUCUGUGGAGUAGUGAAGGCAUUUUUUUUGCUAAAAUAAAAAAAAGAAAACAUUUUUUUAAUUUUCCUGUGAAACGAAUUACAUUAAAUUAUGAAACUAUAACCAAAAUAAAUUGUCUUUCAGAAAAAAAAACGUGUUUCAACGAGAAUAUUGAAAAAGCAUAGUUGUCAAAGCAUUGAAUAACUUCAGCAUGGUAGUUGAUUUCUUUAUGUGCUUUUUGCAACCACAUAAGUGACAGUGGGAAUUUGGAGAAAUUUUCAUCAUUGAGAAAUUAGAAGAAAAUCACAUGUGUACGGUGGGAAAUUUGCAAAAAAGCAUUCCCUAGGCGAGGAUAAAUUGUUUUCGUGGAAAAUUUUGAUUGCAUCCCAGUAGAAAGUACGAAAAAAGUGAGUGUGAAAAAAGUUGGGAAGAAAAGUUGGCAGACAUAUUGGAUAAUCGAAAUUUCUUCAUUGUGCCUGGCUCAUCAGUUUGGUGAUGUAGCUGAAGAAAUUGCAGUGGGUGCAGGAAAAAAGCGCUGAAGAAACGUUGUGUUAAUUUAAGCGUGUGUACAAUUGGAACUGUGGUGAGAGGAAGCGCCCCGCAAUCAUGGAUGUGGCGACGAAGGAUGUUUACAAAAACUCAAGUGAAUUCAUUGGGGGCAAGUACCGUUUGCUAAGGAAAAUCGGCAGUGGCUCUUUCGGGGACAUCUAUUUGGGCAUAAAUAUCGUCAAUGGCGAGGAAGUUGCCAUUAAGAUGGAGAGCAAGAGCGCCCGACACCCGCAGCUCCUGUACGAGUACAAAUUGUACAAAGUACUUGCGGGUGGUGUGGGUAUCCCCCAUAUUCGCUACUAUGGUGAGGAUAGGAAUCACGUGGUGCUAGUGAUGGACCUCCUGGGGCCAUCCCUUGAGGACUUAUUCAACUUCUGCAGUCGCCACUUUACGAUAAAAACCGUCCUCAUGCUCGUGGACCAGAUGAUUGGGCGCCUGGAGUAUCUCCACUGCAAAAGCUUCAUCCAUCGUGACAUUAAACCCGACAACUUCCUCAUGGGUAUUGGUCGUCACUGCAACAAGCUCUUUUUGAUUGAUUUUGGUUUGGCCAAGAAGUACCGCGAUGUACGCUCACGCUUGCACAUUGUAUAUCGCGAGGAUAAAAAUCUCACCGGUACCGCACGGUAUGCAUCGAUAAAUGCCCAUCUGGGUAUUGAGCAAUCCCGGCGCGACGAUAUGGAGUCCCUAGGCUACGUAAUGAUGUACUUCAAUCGCGGCUCCUUACCUUGGCAGGGUCUCAAGGCCACAAACAAGAAGCAGAAGUACGAGAAAAUUUCCGAGAAAAAAAUGUCAACACCCAUUGAGGUUCUCUGCAAAGGAUGCCCAGCAGAAUUUUCAAUGUAUUUAAAUUACUGUCGCAGCCUCCGUUUUGACGAGGCCCCCGAUUACAUGUAUCUUAGACAACUAUUUCGAAUUUUGUUCCGUACGCUGAAUCAUCAGUAUGAUUACACCUUCGAUUGGACGAUGCUGAAGCAGAGGGGUCUGGGGCAGCCAAAUGCAAUACCGCAUGGUAAUCUGGAGAAUAAGGCUGAUGGCCGGGAAAAGGAGAAGCAACAAGCGACGGAUCUCAAAUAAGGGAUAAAUAAUGAAGGUGGAUGAUGAUUAUAUGGCGGAAAUAUGAGAAUGGGUGAGGAAUAAUUUAAAUAAAAAAAAUAUUUUAUGAGAAUUGAAGCCAGGCUAUCUUAAUUUCUUGUUUUUUUUUCUUAAUCAUCAACAACAACAGUUGAAGAAACAAAAAAAAUACAAAAAAAAUAGGAAUGUAAUCCCCGAAACGAGAAGAGAAUUAAUAGGAGAAAAUGACAAAAAAAAUAAAACAAUAGAGUUAUAAUGUAAUUAAUGGAGAAGAAAACAAAAAAAAAAAGUUGAAGUGAAAAAUCAACAUUCGCAUUAUGUCAGAAAAAAAUUUGAGAUACAAAAAAUAGUUGAGAGAAACAAAUAGAAUAUUUGUGUAAAUUUAGGUGAUAGGAAAACAAACAAUUAAAUUAUGUAAAAUCUUUUAUUAGAUUUCGAGUUAAAAUAUUAGUUUAUUCCUUUUUUGUAUAGUUUUUUUUUUGGAAAAAAGAAUAAAACAAGUUUUGGAAAAAAAACCUAAGAGAAAAAAAUCAUUAUUUAAUAGUUUUUUUUUUGUAGAGGGGCAAAAGCUAUGCGAUAAAAUGUUUUACGUUUUAAUAAAUCAUCCACUAGGAAAAAAACAAUAUAAGGAACAAUAAAACGGUACAUUAUGAUGAGAUAGUGAACAUUUUUUAGACAAGUAUAACUUCCAUUUUAUCAUCAUUUUUUAUGCAAAUAUCAUCUUUAUAAUAUCUCAAUAAAUUAGGGGCUUUCUUUAAAAUAAGAAAUACAUUAUUGCAAUGAAAUUUAAAAAAGAAGAAAAUCAUAAAUAUAUUUUAUUCUGAAAAAAUUUUUUUUUUUAGUUUCUCUACAUAAAUUGUGUUUUUUUCUUCUAAUAAAAAAAAGAAAAGAAAUAAUCAUUUAGCUAAUUCUAGAUUGUAAUUGGAUAAAUUACAAAUUUUAUUGAGUUAGUAAGUUUAUCGCGGAACAUUUGACUUUGAUGUUGAUUUUUUUAUAACAUAAAUAAUAAUGUAUCAACUUCACAAACAUAAUACACACAUACCACAUUACACACAAAAUGCACCUUCUCGAUGUGAAAUGCUUUUUUUUUAGGAUGUAUAACAUAGUGCAGUGAAAUAGCAGCAUACGAAUAACUUUUUUCUUUCAAUUUUCAGUAAAACUUGUGGAUAUUUUAAUUAUACUAUUUUGUUUUUUAUUCCUUUUAAAUUAAAUUUUAUUAAGGUAAUUUAUUUUCAAGGAAACUCCAUAUUUUCAGAUGAUAAAAAAAAAUUAACGAAAUGGCGCCAUGAGAAACAGAAAAGUGGUAAAAUAUUUCAUUGGAAAAUGUUAUUACAGCAAUUUUGAGCACAGAAAAACGUUUAAUUCCUUAUGUUUUCGUCAUCUUUGCUUAAAAAUUCAUAAAUACAGAUUAUGAAAUCUAGGUUUUUAAUUCUUUUUAUCUUUCAGAAAGUUUUCCAUUUUCUAGCGAAUCUUCAUAGAACACAAAGGUUUUUUUUUUAACAAUAAGUUAAUGCUGCUAUUUUAUUGCACAUUACAUGCGUGGUAUCACAAAUUGCAAUUUUUAUUAAUUUGUUUUUCAUGACGACACUUACAAAUUGAGGGAAUAAAGUGUUUGAAAUAACAUGUAAAUAUAUUCAGAAAAAAUAAACUUAAACUUUUUUUUUUUUUUCAAGACUAAAAGAUGUGAAGAAAAAUAAUAAUUGCAGGAUGUUUUGUGGAAAAACAUAAAUAAAAAAAAAACAGAAAAUCACAUAAGCAUUUUUUCUUCCUUUUCUCAUAUAAAGUAAAAUUUAAAGAAAAAAAACAACACAACAAUACAAAAGGAGAAUGAAAAAAUAUAUUAAGAAAUUAUAUAAUUAAUCAUAUGAAAUAUGUAGUUAUAUAUUAUAUACGACUAAAAUGGAAUAUAUAAAGAAAAAAAAAUAGAGAUAUAAUGAUACAAAGAAGUGAGAAAAAAAACAAAUUUACAGUAUAAUGUGAAAAGAAUAAUUCAAAAUGUGAAACGAAAAAUAUUAUAUUUUUUAUUUUAUAAUAAUUCAUCAUGAUUCCCAUUUUUUUGCAAAAAAUGUAUAAAAAUGGAUUUUUUCUUAUUCUGUUUCUCAACAGAAUUUUCAUUUUUUUUUUGACUGAGAACGAAAACAUCUUUCAUGACUUUCGGAGAAAGGAGGACAGGAGCUAUAUAGAAAAGAAAAAAAAUACAAUUUAGUCAAUUAAUAAGAACGUUUGCAUAGCAACACCUUCAUUGUAAUGAUUGUAAUCAUUGAUAGAUGGUGAAUUGUGGAAAAAAAAACAGUUGAGAGAGGAUUUUUUUUCAUGGAAAAUCUCUCAGAGACAAUCCAUUUGGGAUUUAAUUUUUCUUUUUUCUUUAGAAAAUUUAUUCAAUUUUUUUUCUUCUCUAAUUUUAGUUAUUUGUAUUAUCUCGAUUAAAGAAAUAUAAUAUCUGACAAAAAGAGAAA